UAAAAGAAGAAACUUGUCUAAAAACUUGCUCUUAAUCAAAUGUGUAUUUCUCUCUUAUAGGACCUCUGUUAUGCACCUAAAGCCAUAUUGGAAACUCCAGAAGAGAGAAAGUUCUCUAGAAGUCAACAGGGACACUUUGAGAACUCCUGUGAGCCACCAAAAGGCUGUCAGUGAUGAAACAGGCACAGUUGUCUACAUGAAACCAGGAGUCUUUCCUUCAACCUCUCUUGUCAGAGCAUCAUCUCGAAAGCCAUUUGGGAUCCUUUCUCCAAAUGUUCUAUGCAGUAUGAGUGGGAAGAGUCCUGUAGAGAACAGCUUGAAUGUUAAAACCAAAAAGAAUGCACCAUCUGCAACAAUUCACCAGGGUGAAGAAGAAGGGCCCCUUGAUAUCUGGGCUGUUGUGAAACCUGGAAAUACUAAGGAGAAAAUUGCGUUCUUCGCAGCCCACCAGUGUAGCAAUAGGAUAGGAUCUAUGAAAAUAAAAAGCUCCUGGGAUAUAGAUGGGAGAGCCACUAAAAGAAGGAAAAAAUCAGGGGAUCUUAAAAAAGCGAAGAUACAGUUAGAAAGAAUGAGGGAAGUCAAUAGCAAGAGCUACCAGCCUGAGCCGUUUGCAUGUGGCAUUGAGCACUGUUCUGUGCAUUACAUGAGUGACAGUGGGGAUGGAAUCUAUGCUGGGAGGCCUCUGUCAGUUGUACAGAUGGUUGCCUUCCUCGAGCAAAGAGCCAGUGCCCUACUAGCCAGCUGUGCGAAAAGCUGCACAAGCUCACCUGCCAUUGUGAGAUUUUCUGGCCAAUCCAGAGGUACACUCCCAGCCCCUGAGCCAUUCUCUGCCCCAGGAGCUUGUGAAGAAUCCACAGAAAGGGGAAAUCCUGAGCUUGGUGAACCACAGAGUGAACCAGUCCGUGUCCUUGACAUGGUAGCCAGGCUGGAGUCUGAGUGCCUGAGGCAGCAAAGCCAGCGUGAGCCUGGGAGCCUAUCUCGCAAUAACAGCUUUCGUCGAAAUGUGGGGAGAGUGUUGCUUGCAAAUGGCACUCAGGCUGAUGAAGGGAAAACAAAACAAGGCGACUUGGAGGAACCCGACACUCAGGUGAAUCCUGUGCAGCCUGUGUCUGUGGACUGUGGCCCCUCAAGAGCUGAUCAUUGCUCUCCCAUGGGAGACCAGGCCUGGGAUGGUGCUCCUCAGAGCUGUCCCACAUUGCCAGCGGUGAGUUUGCACAUGGACAGUGCAGAAUUAGAGCCAGGUCUGCAGAAUACUAUGAAAAACAGCAGCAGGUAUGAUGUGGAAAUGACAGAUGAACUUGAUGCAUUGCCUUUUUCUUCUCACACCUGUCUCCAAGCUGCUGAAUUGCCCACAGAUGCUAUAGAUUGUAUGAGUAGAGAGCUUGUGCCAUUUACUAGCCAAAAUCCUGAUGAGAGAACGAAAGAAUCGUUGUGCAUUAGCAUCACUGUGUGCAAGGUGGAGAAAGACCAGCCGUCUUCCCAUGAAGAACCACUUCCAGGGAUGUUGUUUUUUUUGCCACCUGGUCAACACCAGUCAGACUGUUCCCAGUUGAAUGAAAGCAGAGCACAAGAGUCUUCAGAAGUUGGGCAGCUUGAAGAUGCUGCUGAAGUUGACAGUGCAUCCAAGCAGAAAGGGAUUUCAGCUGAGCCAUUUGUUCCACCAGCCUCUGCAGUGGAAAAUGCAUUACCGGUGCUUGAGGCAUCCAGUUGGAAGAAGCAGGUGUCUCAUGACUUCCUGGAGACUAGGUUUAAAAUCCAGCAGCUGCUGGAGCCUCAGCAGUACAUGGCAUGUCUGCCCCACCACAUUAUGGUGAAAAUCUUCAGGUUACUUCCCACCAGGAGUUUAGUGGCUCUUAAGUGUACCUGCUGCUAUUUCAAAUUUAUCAUCGAAUACUAUAACAUAAGGCCGGCAGAUUCUCGCUGGGUCCGAGACCCACGCUAUAGGGAAGAUCCUUGCAAGCAGUGCAAGAAAAAAUAUGUGAAAGGGGAUGUGUCCUUGUGCCGGUGGCACCCCAAGCCCUAUUGCCAGGCAUUGCCCUAUGGGCCUGGGUACUGGAUGUGCUGCCACCGAUCUCAGAAGGGCUUUCCCGGCUGUAAGCUGGGGCUUCACGACAAUCACUGGGUCCCUGCCUGCCACAGCUUUAAUCGGGCAAUCCACAAGAAAGCAAGAGGGAGCGAAACCGAGGAGGAAUACUGAAGUCGACAUGAGAGGCAACCAAAAGACUGAGUUUUAAAACUACAAAAACACCUUAAGGUAAACCAUUCAAGUGAGUGUUGCCUCUCAGUCCCCAUUCUAGGGGUAACUUCACUUAUUCCAUUGGGACUGCCAUUGCUCAGGCAUUUUUUUAAGCUCUUAACCAGCUGUACAAGAAAACUGGCCUCGUGGUUUCAGAGUGGAGCCUCACAUUUGAUCCAGGGUGGAAUCCCACAGCUUGACUCACUCAGUGUGAAUAAUUACGCCAUUUUCCUCCAUCAAACCCAUCCUCAAAGGGUGAAGACUUGCCAGCAUCAAAGAUGUUCGGAGUUUACUGUAGGCUCUGCAGGCGUUCCCCAAGCAGGGGCUCCAGAAAUGUUUCCAGCACUGGCACCACGUUUUAAAUAAGUAAAAAAGAAAAGACCUUUGGAUGGAAAAGUAUGCCUAAGAAGAAGCCAGGCACCUUACCUUAGACUUUGUAUGCUUGAUCCUGUGAGAAGGCUGUUUGCGGUUGGAGAUGGAUUUCAUGCCCUGCGGUGUUUACAGUGUAUAUAAUGGUUGUGUUUUCAUAGGGCUAUGAAAGUGCACAUUAAACCCGAGCGCCUUUACCUUUACUUUUAGAUGAGUGCUUUCGCCCCUCUGUAAAUAACACAAAAUCCAGUUAUACGUGAUGGACAACUGACUAAACAACAUAAUCACUACAAUGCAGCUAGCAUAGUAUUGCGGCUAUAAUCGUGUGGGUUUUUUUUAUUGUGUCGCCUCAAGAUUUGUACAUCCUGUAUAAAGUAUGAAUGUUUUCCAAAUAAACUAUGAAUGUUUCCUGUAUAAUAUAUGUUUCUGAGAAGAGGCUCUAAAUAAAUAGUUAAGAGGUUAACCUGGUUUAAAGGAUACCAAAUAAUGGCUUAACUGGACAAACUUAAAAUGAGCAUAGAGAACAAUCCUUUGUUAUAUUUUAGUGAUCCAUCAAGAUAAGAGAAUAUUACAUAGAUUACAACAUUCUUGUCUACUUUAUCCUUUCUGUCUGGUUACAAAAGAUUUUUAAGUUCAAUAAAAAUAUGCAUCUUUAAAUGGGAUCUAAGUUUUGCAAAGUUUUUUUUGAUGUCAUGUUGAAGUUUUUUUGGCAGUACUGGGGUUUGAAUUCAGGGCCUCACGCUUGCUAGGCAGGCACUCCACCACUUGAGCCACUCCACCAGCCCUGCAGGUUUUUAAGAAUUGUGAAAUUUUUAAGCUGUUUUAGAGUUCUUGGGGAGGGGGCUUUUUUUUUUCUUGCCACAGAAAAGAGAUCAUUGCAAGCUUAAAUUUUACAACCUUUUAACACUUGAGUUUGGUGUGUACCCAACACCUGAACUCUUUCCUGUUUGGUGAGGUAGUAUCUAUAAUAUUCUCACUUGUCUAGGCAUUAA